AUGAAGAUACCCAAGCUCCCCAUCUCCCACGCGGCGACGCUGUCACUACUGCUCCUGCUAUCAACAUUCCUCUCCAGCACCUUUGCCCAAGAAUCCUACACAGAUCCAGACACCGGCAUCACCUUCUACCGUCAGACCUGGCCCGAUACCCAAACCAAAGGCGGGUUCCAGUGGGGACUAGCCCUGCCCGCAACGGAGGAGGACGCAGCGGGGUCUAGCGAUGAGUAUAUCGGACAGAUAGUCGGAGCCCGCACCAACGGCGCAGGCUGGAGCGGCGUGAGCCACGGCGGCAGCAUGCCCAACGCCCUCCUGCUCAUCGCAUGGGCAGACGGCACAACAGUGCGCUCGUCCUUCCGCUUCGCAACCGGCUACGUCGAGCCAGACGCCUACACCGGCAACGCCACGCUCAUCAAGAUUGCCGAGACGGUCAAUGCCACGCACUUCACCCUCACGUACCGCUGUCGCUGGUGCUGGUACUGGGACCAGAACGGCGCGGUAGGGAGUCAGCCACCGAUCACUACAAACACACAUUCCGCGCAGGUCCUCGCGUGGGUGCAGGCGUUUGCCAGCCCGGAGCCGGUCACGUCGGAUGAUGCGAGGGUGGUCGUGGAGCAUGAUAAUGGGAUUGGCAUCUUUGGCAUGCCGAUUGCGAGUAUGCGGCAGGCUGGGUAUGCGGCGUGGGCUUCGUCGGCUACGCCUACACCCCCGUCGACUACUGUAACAACGAAAACAACAACAACAACAACAAGACCUCCCUCGACCACGACCGUCCCACCAGGCGCAAGCUGCUCAGGCACCGCGGCACCAACGGCAGCAUACGACUACAUCAUCGUCGGCGCCGGCGCAGCAGGCAUCCCCCUAGCAGACCGCCUCUCCGAAGCCGGCAAAAGCGUCCUCCUAAUCGAAAAAGGCCCGCCAUCCUCCGGCCGCUGGGCCGGCACGCUCAAGCCCACCUGGCUAGCCGGCACGAACCUGACGCGCUUCGACGUACCCGGCCUCUGCAACGAGAUCUGGGUCAACUCGGCGGGCGUAGCCUGCACCGGCAUCGACCAGAUGGCCGGCUGCGUGCUCGGCGGCGGCACAGCCGUAAACGCAGGCCUCUGGUGGAAACCCCCCGCCCCCGACUGGGACGCAAACUUCCCCGCCGGCUGGAAGGCAGUCGACAUGGCGCGCCCCGUGUCCCGCGUCUUCGCCCGCAUCCCGGGCACCGAGCACCCGUCCGCCGACAACCGGCUCUACAAGCAGGAAGGCUACGCCGUCAUCGCAAACGCCCUGUCCGCAGCCGGCUGGCGGAACCUGACGCGCGGCGCCAACGCGGACCCGGACCUCAAGGACAGAGUGUUCGCGCAGACAUCGUACAUGUUCUCGCAUGGCGAGCGCGGCGGGCCGCUGGCUACAUACCUCGUCACGGCCAGCGCGCGCAAGAACUUCCGCCUGCUCACCAACACAUCCGUCCGGCGCGUCGUGCGCACCGCCACCGGCCACGCCACCGGCGUCGAGCUCGAGGCCGGACACUGCGGCAUCGUCAACCUGACCACAAACACAGGCCGCGUCAUCCUCUCCGCCGGCACCUUCAACACAGCCAAGAUCCUCUUCCGCUCCGGCAUCGGGCCAGCAGACCAGCUCAAGACCGUCGCCAGCUCCGCCCUCGACGGCGCAAGCUUCGCCAACCAAUCCGACUGGAUCAUCCUGCCCGUCGGGCACAACCUCAACGACCACGCCAACACCGACAUCGUGAUCCGCCACCCGGACGUCUCAGCCUACGACUUCUACGCUGCCUACGACCACCCCAUCCCCGCAGACGCAUCCGCCUACCUGACUUCCCGCACCGGCAUCCUCGCCCAGGCAGCACCCAACAUCGGCCCCAUCUUCUGGCACGUCAUACCCGGCGAUAGCAACACCACCGCCCGCCAACUCCAAUACACCGCCCGCGUCGAGCCCUCCCUCGACGUCUCCAACCCGGCAAACACAUCCAUGACAAUCUCGCAAUACCUCGGCCGCGGCGCCACCUCGCGCGGCACCCUAACCAUCACGCCCGCCCUCUCCAUCCUCGUCUCCGACCCACCAUACCUCAAGACCGCCGCCGACAACGCAGCAGUAGCAUCCAGCCUACGCACCAUCCUCGCCGCCCUGACAGCCUCCUCCUCGGACCAGCGCAUCACAAUCGAACGGCCCAGUCCGGGCACCUCGGUCGAGGCGUACCUGGCAGGCUAUCCGCGGACGCCGGCGGCGCGACGGGCAAACCACUGGAUUGGCACGGCGAAGAUGGGCACGGACAAUGGGCUGCUGACGGGCGGGACGGCGGUCGUGGAUGUGGAUGCGCGGGUGUACGGGACGGAUAAUGUGUUUGUGGUGGAUGCGAGUGUGUUUCCGGGGCAUGUCAGUUCGAAUCCGUCGGCGGCGGUGGCGGCGGUGGCGGAGCGGGCGAGUGAGCGGAUUCUUGGGCUUGCUGUGGCGGGGCCGGUGGGGCGGUAUGGGCAGUGUGCCGGGCGGAGUUAUGCUGGGGCGCGGUUCUGUGCGGUUGGGCUGGUGUGUGUGGUUGUCAAUCCGGAUUAUGGGCAGUGCUUGUGA